AUGGCUUCCAAGGUCCUUGUGCCGACUGCGCCCUUCGCUAAGUUGCAAGUGAAGAAAUCUCCUCCCGAUACGACAAGCAGCGGCUUCAUCAUCAGCGGCAACGAUGCCGUGGCGAGGGUGGCGCACUUGGAGCACAGCGUUCGGUUCCUACAAGAGCAGCACCGCUUGAUGCUGAGCGGCCUCCAUGCCGAAAUCGAGGCUCUCCGAGAGAGAAAUAGAGACUUACAGUUCCAAUUGAUUUUCAACAAAGACUCAGCACAGAAGACUAGUGCUUCCGCUGGCGAAGAAGCUUCCGAGAACAAUGAGGAGGCGCAGUUGCGGCGCGAGGUGGCGCGGCUGGAGCGCGAGGCGGCGGCGGCGCGGGUCGAGGUGCGCGCGGCCGAGGCGCGGGCGCUGCAGCUACAGCGGCAGCUAGACGCGCAGGCUGAGAAGCUGAGAGCGCUGGAGGCGCGGCAGGUGGACAGCGAGGCGGGCGGCGCGGGCGCGGGCGCGGAGAGCCGCGGCGAGCUGCGCGCGCGGCUGGCGGACGCCGAGCGCCUCGUGCGGCGCCUGCGCGGCGACGCCGAGCGCCAGCGCAGAGAGGUACUGGCGCCGGCCGGCGGCUCGCGCGACGCCCGCGACGCGGGGGGCGCGGUCACGAACCUCUUGUUCGACGGCGCCGCCGCCAGCCACGCACACUUGCAGUGCAUGAAGAACUCAUUACAUGCAAGUUUGCGAGCAAGUGGCCUGGACAGCUACGGUUACCAGAACACCUACCAUUUUCCACCUGUACAAGACUUUUGGGGCGAGCAUAUCAGAGAUGAUGUUACACGAGGAGCUCGCCGGCGGCCGCUGGCACUUCCCGAGCUGGCGCCACACCGCGCCACCGUCUACGCCAACACCCACGCACGUGGCCGAGGGUACAGUAAUGAGAAGAGUAAAAAGCCGCCCGUCACUAAUGGAGACACGUCUAGCUCCAAAACACAAGAAGAACCACAAGACGGGCCCCGAUUAAAAGAACUAAGCAUUGAAAAUUUAUCGAAAACGAACGAUAAAUCGCGAGUGGACUCUAUGAUCACAUAUCCAGAGUUGAAAAUUGUUGUAACAAAAAUAAUACCACAUGGAAAGGGUGAGAAUACACUGAGGUUUUGUAUUUAUUUUAAUCAUUUCUCACGACAUCUGUGGGAGGUAAUUAGGCAAUUCUUCCUUUUUGCUUUUUCUUCAUAA